GUCAUGUGACUCCCCGGCAGCACCAUGGCGGAAGCUGAGGAACAGGACACUGGAUCUCUUGAAGAAUCUACAGAUGAGUCUGAGGAAGAAGAGAGUGAAGAAGAACCUAAGCUGAAGUAUGAGAGGCUGUCCAAUGGAGUGACUGAGAUUCUUCAGAAAGAUGCAGCUAGCUGUAUGACAGUCCAUGACAAGUUUUUGGCACUGGGCACACAUUAUGGCAAGGUUUAUUUACUUGACGUCCAGGGAAAUAUCACUCAGAAGUUUGAUGUGAGCCCCGUGAAGAUAAACCAGAUUAGCCUGGAUGAGAGUGGAGAGCACAUGGGCGUGUGUUCCGAGGAUGGCAAGGUGCAGGUUUUUGGACUAUAUUCUGGAGAAGAAUUUCAUGAGACAUUUGACUGUCCCAUUAAAAUCGUUGCUGUGCACCCCCACUUUGUGAGAUCCAGUUGCAAGCAGUUUGUGACCGGAGGGAAGAAGUUGCUGCUGUUUGAACGAUCUUGGAUGAACAGAUGGAAGUCAUCAGUUCUGCAUGAAGGGGAAGGGAACAUCCGGAGUGUGAAGUGGAGAGGCCAUCUGAUUGCUUGGGCCAAUAAUAUGGGUGUGAAGAUUUUUGACAUCAUCUCUAAGCAGAGAAUCACCAAUGUGCCACGGGAUGAUAUAAGUUUGCGCCCAGAUAUGUAUCCUUGCAGUCUCUGCUGGAAGGACAGUGUGACACUGAUUAUUGGCUGGGGAACCUCCGUCAAGAUCUGCUCAGUGAAGGAACGACAUGCCAGUGAAAUGAGGGAUUUGCCGAGUCGCUAUGUUGAAAUAGUGUCUCAGUUUGAAACAGAAUUCUACAUUAGUGGACUUGCACCUCUCUGUGACCAGCUUGUUGUACUCUCCUAUGUCAAGGAACUUGCAGAAAAAACGGAAAGAGAGUACUGUGCCAGGCCUAGACUGGACAUCAUUCAGCCACUUUCUGAGACCUGUGAGGAGAUCUCGUCUGAUGCUCUGACUGUCAGAGGCUUUCAGGAGAAUGAAUGCAGGGAUUACCAUUUAGUUUACUCUGAAGGAGAAUCACUCUUCUACAUUGUGAGUCCAAGAGACGUCGUAGUGGCCAAAGAACGAGACCAAGAUGAUCAUAUCGACUGGCUUCUUGAAAAGAAGAAAUAUGAAGAAGCCUUGAUGGCAGCUGAAAUUAGCCAAAGGAACAUUAAAAGACAUAAGAUUCUGGAUAUUGGCUUGGCAUAUAUAAAUCACUUGAUAGAGAGAGGAGACUAUGACACAGCAGCACGCAAAUGCCAGAAAAUUCUUGGGAAAAAUGCACCACUCUGGGAAUAUGAAGUUUAUAAAUUUAAAGAAAUUGGACAGCUUAAGGCCAUUAGUCCUUAUUUGCCCAGAGGAGAUCCGGUUCUGAAACCACUCAUCUAUGAAAUGAUCUUACAUGAGUUUUUGGAAAGUGAUUAUGAGGGUUUUGCCACACUCAUCAGAGAAUGGCCUGGAGAUCUGUAUAACAAUUCUGUAAUAGUCCAAGCAGUUCGGGAUCACCUGAAGAAAGACAGUCAGAACAAGACAUUGCUUAAAACUCUGGCAGAAUUGUAUACGUAUGAUAAAAACUACAGCAAUGCUCUGGAAAUAUACUUAACAUUAAGACAUAAAGAUGUUUUCCAGUUGAUCCACAAACAUAAUCUUUUCAGUUCUAUCAAGGACAAAAUUGUCUUAUUAAUGGACUUUGAUUCAGAGAAAGCUGUUGACAUGCUUUUGGACAAUGAAGAUAAAAUUUCUAUUAAAAAGGUAGUGGAAGAAUUAGAAGACAGGCCAGAGUUGCAACAUGUAUAUUUGCAUAAGCUCUUCAAGAGAGACCACCAUAAGGGCCAGCGCUACCAUGAAAAACAGAUCAGUCUUUACGCUGAGUAUGACCGACCAAACUUACUUCCGUUUCUGCGAGAUAGUACUCACUGCCCACUGGAAAAGGCUCUGGAGAUCUGUCAACAGAGGAACUUUGUAGAAGAGACGGUUUAUCUUCUGAGCCGGAUGGGUAACAGUCGAAGUGCCCUGAAGAUGAUUAUGGAGGAAUUGCACAACGUUGAUAAAGCUAUUGAAUUUGCCAAGGAGCAAGACGAUGCGGAACUCUGGGAAGAUCUGAUUUUAUAUUCCAUCGACAAACCACCAUUUAUCACUGGCUUGUUAAACAACAUUGGCACACAUGUUGACCCCAUUCUCCUGAUUCACCGCAUUAAGGAAGGGAUGGAGAUCCCCAGUCUGAGAGAUUCUUUGGUUAAAAUUCUGCAAGACUACAAUUUGCAAAUUCUGCUUCGUGAAGGCUGCAAGAAGAUUCUUGUAGCUGACUCUUUGUCAUUGUUGAAGAAAAUGCACCGAACUCAAAUGAAAGGCGUCCUGGUUGAUGAGGAGAAUAUCUGUGAAUCGUGCCUGUCCCCCAUCCUUCCCACAGAUGCGGCCCGGCCUUUCAGCGUGGUGGUCUUCCACUGCCGACACAUGUUCCACAGGGAGUGCCUGCCUGUGCCCACCAUGAACUCUCCAACCCAGCACUGCAGCAUCUGCAGCGCUAAGAACCAUGGGCCAGGUGGCGUGGUUUUGGAGAUGAAGAAGUAGCUGGUGCCCGUGCAUCUUAGCACCACAGACGCGUGUUUGCAGCAGGCUGUUCAGAGCCUUAUUCCUGCCCUCUUAGGCUGAGCUCCAAGCAGUUUCUCCAUCUGCUCCUGCCUUUUCCAGGUUCCUCCAGGCUGUUGAAUGAAUUGGGGGUUUUCCCUAGGUCUUGGGUUCAGGGUCAAGAUUUCAGCAUUUACUCAUUUUGGCUUGUCACCAUCUAGCAAGCAAACACAUGAGACUUGGAGUUAGAUAUAAAUAUUGCAGACCUUGUAAGUCCUUGUAAAUGAAGUGGUCUGCUGAGACUUGUGUCACCCACCACAGGCACCUAGCAAGCUCCUCCCACAGCUCACACCUUGUUUCCCUAUGCUCUACCAACAUCAGUUCUGGCAUUCUGGCCUGGCUCUUUUAUCUCAUGAUCUGUGGUUAUCUUCCUGAUAGGCUUUUAAUGAAACUCUGCAAAUUGUCACCAUUCGGUGACUCGUGGGAACAACGAGCAGGCUGAUGUCUGCAACCUGCUGUAUACUGAUCCUGUGUGCUGUAUGUUCUGACUAGUGAGUGUCUGGCCCUCCCCAGUUCUCUGUGUUUGUUGUUUGAAUAAAUGUUUGCUCUUCUCA